CCGCCGCCGCCUCCGCCUCCGCCUCCGCUGCCGCCGCCUCCGGCUCCGCCGCUACCGCCGCGUUUGGGUGUAGAAUUAGGAAUUCCUGCGCCUCGUUAACAAUGAAGCAGAGUUCGAACGUGCCGGCUUUCCUCAGCAAGCUGUGGACGCUUGUGGAGGAAACGCACACGAACGAGUUCAUCACCUGGAGUCAGAAUGGCCAAAGUUUUCUGGUUUUGGAUGAACAAAGAUUUGCAAAAGAAAUUCUUCCCAAAUAUUUCAAGCACAAUAACAUGGCAAGUUUUGUGAGGCAACUGAAUAUGUAUGGUUUUCGUAAAGUAGUACAUAUUGACUCUGGAAUUGUGAAGCAAGAACGAGAUGGUCCUGUUGAAUUUCAGCAUCCUUACUUCAAACAAGGCCAGGAUGACUUGUUGGAGAACAUUAAAAGGAAGGUUUCAUCUGCAAAACCAGAAGAAAAUAAAAUUCGUCAGGAAGAUUUAACAAAAAUUAUAAGUAGUGCUCAGAAGGUUCAAAUAAAACAAGAAACUAUUGAGUCCAGGCUUUCUGAAUUAAAAAGUGAGAAUGAGUCCCUUUGGAAGGAGGUGUCAGAAUUACGAGCAAAACAUGCACAACAGCAACAAGUUAUUCGAAAGAUUGUCCAGUUUAUUGUUACAUUGGUUCAGAAUAACCAACUUGUGAGUUUAAAACGUAAAAGACCUCUACUUCUAAACACUAAUGGAGCUCAAAAGAAGAAUUUGUUUCAGCACAUAGUAAAAGAACCAGCUGAUAAUCACCAUCAUAAAGUUCCACACAGUAGGACUGAAGGUUUAAAGCCAAGGGAGCGGAUUUCAGAUGAUAUCAUUAUUUAUGAUGUUACUGAUGAUAAUGCAGAAGAAGAAAAUAUCCCAGUUAUUCCAGAAACUAAUGAGGAUGUUAUAUCUGAUCCCUCCAACUGUAGCCAGUACCCUGAUAUUGUCAUUGUUGAAGAUGACAAUGAAGAUGAAUACGCACCUGUCAUUCAGAGUGGAGAUCAGAGUGAACCAGCCAGAGAAUCCCCAAGUUCAGGCAGUGAUGGCACCAGCCCUCUCAUGUCUAGUGCCGUCCAGCUAAAUGGCUCAUCUAGUCUGACCACAGAAGAUCCUGUGACCAUGAUGGAUUCCAUUUUAAAUGAUAACAUCAAUCUUUUGGGAAAGGUUGAGCUGUUGGAUUAUCUUGACAGUAUUGAUUGCAGUUUAGAGGACUUCCAAGCCAUGCUGUCAGGAAGACAGUUUAGCAUAGACCCAGAUCUCCUGGUCGAUAAGGAGCUCAUAACAGAGGACUCCCUUCCAAUCCCACUACAUACACAACAUCACCUUUGGAUGAAGACAGGCCUUUGGUGUGGUUGGUGGUGGUUCAUUUCACUUGCCGCACGAUCUCUUCUGUUCCACAUUAUUGUAUAGUAUCCACUUUUCGUUAUUGUAUGGUAUCCACUUUUCAUCACAAUUUGUUUUAAAAAGGAAUGUUUUCAUUACAUUUAAGUAGAGAAUCGCAUGUAGAAAUAUGUUCAAGAAGGUUUUUUCACUUAACAUAUGUGGAACCCAAACUUCUAAGCAAUUAGCAUAUAUAUUAACAUAACAAACUUCACAGUGACUUUCAAUGCUCAAUUUGAAUAUUUUGAAUAUGUCAGCUAUCUGCCACGUGGUAUAAUGUUACUUGUUCUAAUUAAUGUCUCAAUUUGAUCGCUGUCAACUUCAACUGGUCUACCCAACCGUGGAGCAUCGUCCAGCGAGAAAUCUCCAGCACGAAACUUUGCAAACUACCUUUGACACAUUCAGUCAGUCACAGCACCUUCUCCAUACACUGCACAGAUCUUUUUGUGCGUUUCAGUUGCGUUUUUACCUUUCUUGAAAUAGUGAAGCAUAAUAUGCUGAAAAUGUUGCUUUUUUUCUUCCAUCUCCAAUAUUAAAAUGACUAUGUAAGAAUUCACCAAUUUUAAUUUUUUUUUUAAAUGCACGUUGAUAUGACAGCUGUCACAAUACAGUCUAGCAAGAUUGUUUCAAAUGAAGUUAAAGACAACUAAGUGCUACUAGAGCCAUCUUACAGAAAAACCAAACGAACUUCUGGGCCAACCCAAUAUUUUCACUGUUGUCUCUCAUCUAAGACCUUCAUUGUUUAUUUCAUCCUUGAAUUAUGGGGUAUUGUCACAAAUAAAAAAUCUACCCAUGGGUUGCCUUGUUCUCUGAGAUGGCAAAGAUGGUAAGAACAUGUGUGAGUAAUAAGUAUGCUGAGAAGCUCAUGGGUUCUUGCUGAAGAGGUCAGUACAAGUGACCCAGUGUGGAAUCAGUAGGAGAGACUCGACCUUAGAAUUCAGCCGUGUCAGCUCCUCAUACAUGAUCUGUUUUCCUACUUGAGACCAUGCGUCUGCUGGGAAUACAUGAAGGUAUCCCGGAGUCAGUGGGUAGAUGGAUUGGGGCAAAGAAGGAGUGAGGAGUUUAUACUGCUGGUCCUCCUCAGAUGCCACUCUCAGUAGGGACAAAAUCUGGUCAGACCUCUGAGGCAAGUACAAGCUGAACUGGUAGAGAUUGGCAGUGAUGUAUAGUUACCUACUCUUAAGAAACUGAGUCUCUUCCUCUUCAUGGAUCAGUAGGAGGAAAAGUUAUGAAAGGAAGAAAAGUUAAUGAAAGGAAGAGCUGGGGAUAUUUUUAGGGCUACAAUGAAUGUGGAACUUUAAGGAGAGGAAUCAGUGUUUAGAGAGGGUAGAGGAGCCUCUCUGCAUUUCAUUCUAUCCUGCAAACCAUUUGGUGUGCUCAUUCUCUUAAAACGCUUUAGUCAGUAUAUUUCAUUACUCAGGCCACUCCCAAGUCUCUUAUUGCUGACAGAAUGUCCUGUCCAUUCAUUAGCCUUGCCUUACCUUUUGAACCUUAUGUAUACAACUUACUAUUCAACCCAGAACUUCUGCAUUGUUUGGACUUGUCAUCUUAUUUGUAGAACUUACCUCACAACCAUUUCUUCCUCUCUGUUGUUGCUAAUGCUGUAACAAUGUACUCCUUCAUCCUCUCCUUUCUAAGUCUUAACCAUUCUCCAGGAACUACAUGUCACAUAGUUUUAUCAAGACUUUUUGUUUCAUCUGAGGGACGGGGUGUGUGUGUGUUUGUCUGUUUUCCUUUCUCUUAGCUCCUUAGUACUUUUGAGCCCCACCACCCAUUAUUAUUGUAAUACUGGAUUGUAUCUGAUCAUAUGUUGCUAUUUGAUGUUAUUCUUAUUUUGCCUUUUAGAUUGUAAGCUCCUGGAGAGCAGGAAUAGUGUCUUCAUCUUGUAUUCUUCAUGAUGUCAAUUAUUUCUUAGAUGCUCAAUAAAUCCCUGUGGACUGGAUGACUUUGAAGCUUAUGACAUAAACAAAAGUUACGUUUGUAAAGUGGCUGGUCUGAGGAGUGCAGUAAGCAGUAGGCAGUGGUCUUUGCAUUUAUGGCUUCCCUUGCUAGGUGAGGUGAAAAGAACCAACACGGAGUUAAGCCAUCUGGUCAGAGGGCUCUACUUGAGGUGUAAUUUAGGAACCACUGUCAUAGAGCAGAUUCUAUAAAUUUAUCACAUAAUUAGCAGGUAGUCAGUGAAGGCUCUUGUCAGGGCAAGGGACUCAGCCCUGGGUGCCACUUAAGGCCAGAGGCUUUUAGGGAGGAAAAAAUAAAGGACAUGAAGGAGAGGGGAGGUGGGGAAAACCACUGUUUGUCUCAAGUGAUUUACCCUACUACUUUAUAGAAUAGAAAUUCUUAAAACAGCUAAUGCAUGGGCUAGCUUGCUCUGCUUUUGUUCGUUUUUCUUUCCGCUUUCCUGCUUUUCUCUUCCAACCUUGUUUUACUAUAUGGAAACUUCCUAGUGCAGGAGCUACAUCUCUUCACCCAACAUGGCUGUAUAGAAAUUUUGAACACACAGUUAAUUUUUUAAAAAUAUUUUUUAAACUUAUCAUCUUUCUUGUUUGGUC